AUGUCACUCUCUAAACUUGAAUCACUUCCAAACGAACUAUUGAUCGAUAUUAUUGAGAAAUACAUUAAUGGAGUGGAUCUACUAAGAGCUUUUAGCUUUCAACUUAAUCAACAUUUUGAUGCUCUCAUUACUCAAUGUCAACGACUUCGUUUUGAUUUUAUUCAAUGUAAAAAAGAUGAUUUUCGUGUUUGCAUGGGCCUUUUACCAGCUUAUAUUGACAAAAUAGAAGAACUAGCCAUAUCCGAACAAGAUACACCUGGCCAAGUUUAUGCUUUUCUUUCUUUUUUUCCAUCGUUUGGAUUAUUUAAACAACUUCGAACACUUUAUUUUCAUUUUAAUCAUGAAGAUAUCGAUUGGAAAAUGGUUGAAAGAGCUCUUUAUUCAUUAUCACAAACAACUAUUACCACUUUAUCAAUCAAAGCAAUGAAGACAGAUGACAGAUCGUUAUUGGGAAAUGUUAUUGUUGAUCUUUUUCGAUUAAAAUCUCUUAAACGAUUUUCUUUUAUGAGCAAAAUGCAUUUUAUGAACUGGAGUGAUGUGGCGACGAUCUCCUCAAAUAUUGAACAUUUGACUAUUUCUGGCUUACAUUUUCGAUUUGACGAUCUACAAUAUAUUUACAAGUGUGCUCCUCGUCUUAAAUAUCUCGAUGUAGACUUAAUUAAUAAUAUUUACCCUUAUUAUGAUGACAUAGAAAAGAAUAGUAUACCAAUGUCUACAUUACGUACACUAGUCUUAUAUUUCGAACAAAACAGUCCAAUAACGAUGGAUAUGUUAAGAAAACAUUUUAAUUGCAUGCCUGUUCUAAAACGUCUUGAAAUUAAAGCAUAUAGUGAAAUUCUUGAUGCAAACGCAUGGCAAACGUUAUUGGAAACAUCCUUACCAUUACUAACUCAUUUUACUCUUCGAACGACUACAUUUCGUGUAGAAGAAGAUGAACUUCAAAAUGUACUUGCUGCGUUUCAAAAUUCAUAUUGGUUAGCGAAAAAGAACUUCAAUAUAUUAAUAACCAAACAUGAACAUUCAGAUUUCAAUGGUUUCGGCAUAGACAAAAUGAAGCACAAUGCUCGAUAUGAAUUUGAUUGGCCCGUUGUUCAAUGUUGGAUAGCACCCAAUCGUACUAGUAAUAACGAACUUAUGAUAAUUAAUGAAAACAUAAGUGCCUUAUAG